AUGAGCCACGGGAUAGCCAGGCUGAGUAUUUCGAUUAAGCGCUUCAGCGUUCUGCCCAAAAAGGAAGAGCCAAAGACGAUGAAAAGUGAAAGUGAGUUCACGUUGACUCAGAGCACACGCGAAAGGAUCCAACGAUCAUCCCUCUACAUCAAAAGUCCUUACGAGAUACAAGCAGAGCCCUUGGUGAGUUCAUUUGGGUCAAUGGCAUACAACCGAAAUGCGAUCAACAAUAUGUCGACGAUCACUCAGCAAAGUGUGUACAAGAAAGGAUGUACAAAGGAUGUCUACAAAAAUCGGCGAAUGUCAUGGAGGUCGAAAAACACUUCUGAAGAGAAAAGAGACUUAAUGUUAGUUGCCUCUGACGACAACUGCCCCAACGUCCUCUCCGACAAAGAGUUAAAAGAGUACUUGAAGGAAGAACACAAAAAACAAAAGCUGUUGUUAUCGGACGAUCCUUCGAAGAAAGGCGAAAUGGUGUUUGACAUUCAGUGUCUGCAGAGUCACAUAGUUACAACAGUGAAAGAGUGUUUGACGAAGACACUCAAACAAGUUGUUGAAAAGUUGUUGAAAACAAAGAAAGAAACCGUCAACACAGAACAACUUGUCUUCAGAAAUCACAACGGGAAAACACUAGAAAAGGACGUGACAAUGAAAACAGCGUUGAGCAAUAACGUCCUUUGCAUUUAUGUGUCAUUGGAUACAACACCAUUCACAUUACCAAAGAUAUACCCAAUGGACGUGCACAAGAACGACCCUCAUAAUGCAAUACCACAGGUCGUUUUUAAUAUGUGUUGGUGGAUCUAUACGUAUGGUCAUUCCAUCGAGGGCAUAUUCAGAAUAUCAGGAAAAACCGACUUUGCGAAGAAAAAGGUGUCGAAUUUAGUUGUGUGCGACACUUCGUUUCUGUACCAAAUGAAACAACAAACCUCCGAUGUUCACAACGUCGUCGCGACGCUGAAACUGUAUUUGAGGGAAUAUACUAACAGUCUUAUCAAUUAUGAAGACAUCAAAACCAUUAACGUGCAAAAGGACAAAGUCGCUUUCAUAAUCGAGUGUUUACAAAAAGGGAGGCGUGAGGACUUGGAGUGCAUCAGUAUAUUGUAUGGCCUGAUUGCACGACUUGUGAAGUACGCGCAAAUACACAAAAUGACUCUCAAGAACUUUGCGAUGAUCCUUGGUCCUUUAGUCAUUCACCCUGGGAGCUCUGUGAAUGCGAUCAACGCAACGUGCAAUCAAAUUGAGUUUUCAAGAGUACUUGCAACCAACUACGACCAAGUGAUGGCGGGCUUGAACUUGUCGAACCCUUUUGUCGAGUUUCCAGACAAAAAGGGGAUGUCCAAUUUCGACUCCACCCAAGUCGAUCUUGUGCUCAAUGAAAUCAAAAACCAGUCGAUUAAGAGUCUUUCACAAAUCGAGAAGCUUCAAUCGUUGAUAGAAAUGCCUGAAACUAUUUCUUAUCUCAACACCGUCAAACCAGCCCUUGUCUUGGACGUCAUCUCCUCGAUAACGCAGUUCAUCGACUUAUGA